UAGCGGUGCUAGGCCCUUCCCUUCUUCUCAGCCAGAUCUCCUCAUCGGCGACGACGACGACGAAGGGUUCCUCGGCGUUCUGUCUCUUCCUCUCAGUCUCUUAAUCCUCUCUCUCUAUUCACUCAUUACUCUAUUUCUCGCUUUCAAUAUAUAGCUGCUGCAGUAACCUUUGCUAUAGAUUUUGCUGUGUUGGUUGAAAUCGUCAUGUGCCGGCAAAAUUCUCCGGUGCGCCAUUCUGGCGAAGAAGAAAUUGCAGCUGAUGAGAGCCUCUUGAUUUAUUGCAAGCCUGUUGAAUUGUACAAUAUUCUCUACAGACGUGCUCUUCAUAAUCCUUCUUUCCUUAGGAGAUGUUUGGACUAUAAAAUAAAAGCAAGGCGUAAAAGGGGGUUGAGAGCAGGGGUUGUGUUUUUCAACUACAGGGACUGUUACAACAUGCUUCGAAAGACUGAAGUGACCGAAGACUUUUCUUGUCCAUUUUGCAUGAUGCAGUGUGUGAGCUUUAAGGGUUUGCGAUUUCAUCUUUGUUCAUCACAUGAUCUAUUCAAUUUUGAGUUCUGGGUUACCGAAGAUUAUCAAGCAGUGAAUGUCUCUGUGAAAAUUGAUAUAUUGAGAUCAGAGAAUGUUGCUGAUGGAGUAAUUCCACAAUCACAAACAUUCUUCUUCUGUUCAAGACCUCAAAAGCGUAGACGAAAAGACUCUGUUCAAAAUGAAAAGCGUGCCAAUGUAAAGUUCCUGGAGUUGGACUCACCAGAAGGCGUACAGAAUGGAUUUCUACAGAAAGACGAUGAUAUACUGUCCUGCAAAGGGGAGAAAACGUCUAGAACAUAUCACUGUGAGAAGAAUUUGCAGAAUGAAAGGCACGGCGGAGGAAAAUUUGAUCCUGAUCAUCCUGGCACUGGCACCACGGAUUACCUGGAACAUGUUGAAUCCAGUUUCAGCAUUCCUGGUGUUUCAAUUGCCAUGCCCCAGUUUUCUGGGGACCCUGAAUGUAGUAAAUCAAUACAUAGAAGUGAUCCUGCCCUGCCUGCUAAAACGAAGAAGUUAAACAUGGAUCGGUCGGACUCAAGAAACCGUAUGCUCCUGCAGAAGAGACAGUUCUUUCACUCACAUAGAGUUCAGCAUAUGGCGCUAGAACAAGUGUUGUCAGAUCGUGAUAGUGAAGACGAAGUUGACGAUGACAUUGCAGAUCUUGAAGAUAGAAGGAUGCUUGAUGAUUUUGUGGAUGUUUCCAAAGAUGAAAAACAGCUCAUGCAUCUCUGGAACUCUUUUAUGAGGAAGCAAAGGGUGCUGGCUGAUGGUCAUGUUCCGUGGGCCUGUGAGGCAUUUUCCAAGCUUCACGGAAAAGAGCUGAUCUCAUCCCCUGCUUUAUUUUGGUGUUGGAGGUUAUUCGUGAUUAAACUUUGGAAUCAUGGUCUUCUUGAUGCCUGCACAAUGAACAACUGUAGUACAAUAUUAGAUAAUUACAGGAACGAGGGAUUGGAUGCUGGCAAAAAUUAAAGACCAGAAGGAAACUGACUCGACCACAAGAAUAUACUGUCUUCCCUGCCUUGAAUUUUGCUUAAUUGCAUGUUCCCAUUUGCUUAUUUGCCUAGUUUAUUCUGAUUUUUUGAACUAUCAUUGGACUGUACAUUGUAUUAAUAUUUCCAAUGUAUGAGAUUGAAAAUUAGGGCGGUUCCCUCAUAGUAAUGUUUCUUAUUUAGUCAUGUC